AUGAGGACUCGCACAGUGUGCCUGCUAGCGGUUUUCGUGCUCGUGGCUGUGGCGGCAUGCAGGGCGCAGGUCAACUUCACGCCGUGGUGGGGCAAAAGGGCCCUUGUCAGCCCCAGCUCCCACGACUGCGUCAGCUCCUCGCCCGAGGCGCUCCUCAGCAUGCUAAGGGCAGCGCAGGCUGAGGUGCAGAAGCUUGCUGACUGCAAAAUGCUUACAUCACAGGCGAAUUCCUGAAUGCACCCAGUCUCAUCCGGCAACCGAACAUAUUUAAAAAAGGAAGCUCUCUUCACAUACGUUAAAAAUGUCCAAAGUGUUCUUUAUAUUUUGAUUAUUUUUCUUUGUGGAAUAAUUGAAUAUUGAAAUACUGCAAUAAAUACAAAGAGAAACAACACUUUUCAACUGCUGUUCU